AUGGAAGAUGUCACAAUGAACGUUGGGAAGCCUCUCAAUGGGAGGAAUCUGAAGAGUAUGGGACUAAUUGACAAGGCAACUUGCCUCAUCACUCCCUCUACCACCCCCACACUCUCAACCACAGUUACAUCAUCCUCCACUCCACCUACCAUAAAUAUUCACGCUCCCAUAGAAAAAUCCAAAUCUCAACAACCAACAACCUCACUCCCUACCUCAUCUGAACCUACACCAUCCAUACCAACUCUUUCUAAACCAAACCCAUCUAACCAAACCUUUCCAUCAGAACCUACAACCUCUGACCCCAUCCCUCUCAGAACCAUCAUAUCUUCUCCUUCAUUACCUCUUUAUAACCUCCAAACAACCUCCCUCUCAAACUCUGAAGCACUCUUGCUCAACGAACCCUUAUUAUCAUCCCUCUCCACCACCCCUAGAUCCCCUUCUUAUUAUGACCUCACUUCUAACUCUGAACAUUCUAGUUCAAAUUACCCUGACCCACCUUCCCCAAACCUAGAAGACCUUCAAGCCACAACCGAUUCUGAAAGAACCGAGUUUGUACCAGAACCCUUUGAACCAAUUCCUGAACCCUCUGAAGCCGGACUCACACUACCCAUAUUUGAUGAGGCAUUAACAAAAUUCUCAGAGAGUUCAUCUUCUAGGUUCAAGAAGCUCUCUGACAAAUCCAGCACCAGUGAGAAUCCUUAUGAAGUAAGGACUAACUGGAAUGGAUUCACCAGAUGGAUGACUUCUGAGAUCUUCAAGCUGAAGGGACUCUCUAAACAAGUCAGAAACGACUUCAUUAGAGAUGCUGAGGAGAGGCUAAGGGCUCGGAUGGCAAAGGAAGAGGCUGAGAAGGAUGAAAGGGAAGUUGCUGAGAAAGUAGUUGCAGAAGCUGCUGCCAGGGAGGCUGCUGAGGAAGCAGCUGCACAAACUGCUGCCAGAGAGGCUAUUGGGAAAGUAGCUGCAAAAGUUGAUGCCAGAGAGAAAGCUGAGCAAGAAGCCGAAGCAGCAAGGGCCACUAAAGUUGCUCAUAAAGCUGCAUCUGAGAAAACCACUGAAGUUGCUCUAACUCAGGGAGAGUCUUCAGCAGCUGAUUUUUAUCCUUUGGUCAUCAAAACUCGAGAAGAGUUGCAGAAGGAGCAGCAACUAGUCAGAACCAGACUCGACAAACAAGAUCAGGUCAACACCAGCAUUCAGAGUUUAUUAGUUGAGCUACUUCAUAGGAUGCCUCCUCCUCCUAACCCUUAA